AUGACGGAUCACGUUGCUGAAAGCGAAGUGAGUUUUGUGAACGGGCAACCUGGCUUUGCCUACUCGAAUGUCUACCGCUGCUUCCCCGACCAAGGCAACGGACUUCUGUUCCGUCUCGUGAACGCAAAAAAACAAUGGGCCUUCCACAACGACACGCAGGAAAUGCUCUUCCACGUGACGGCGUUGCUCGGGAAGGGUUCGAAGGUGAAGCCACUCGGGCGGGCGUCUUUGGUGGCGGAGCCGGAGGACAGUGAGUGGGGCUACCAGGUAACGGUCACCGUCGACGCGGGUCGGACGGAGCGCUUCCUCGAAGGCACCGUCGAGGGCUUCCUGCUGGACUUUGCCAGUGAUCCUGUUCCGGUCGAUGACGUCGAGUUUCUCAAUGGAUCGCCGACGGUGAAGUACGACUCCGUCUUUAAGUGCAUCAAAGACCACGGCAACGGGUUACUCUUCCGCCUCGUCACAGAGGACCCCGCGACGGGCGAGCGCACGUGGAGCUACUACAAUGAUACGGAGGAGUUCGCGAUGGAGGUGGAGGUGGCAUUCCCCGACAAGUCUUGCGUGGAGCCGCUCGGCAAGACAAUGGUGGAGGACAGUUCUGACCACGCCAAUGGCUCGGUGUACAAAUUAUCGAUCGCCCCGCUACAGACUGAGCCGUUCCUCCGCGGCUACCCGCGUGACUAUAAGCAGUCAGUCGUAGCCGACCCCAUCAUGAACGAGGAGUCAUUGGACCCCGCAAGUAUUGAAUUUGAAAACGGUGCGCCGAACAGUGAGAUUAUUGAGUAUCCGUGCUCAAAGGUCUUUAAGUGCUUCAAGAAUAAGGGCAAUGGUCUGAUGUUCCUUCUCAUCAAUGAAGAUACGAAAAAGUGGGCCUUCUACAACGACACAAACGAUUAUGAAAUCACGGCGACUGUGAAAUUCAGUCCAGAAAGUGUCUAUGAGCCGGCGGAGAAGACCUCCAUGACAGGUGAUCCUGACGUGACGGGCGGUACUAUCUGUGUCAUCACGGUGCCACCUGUAACGACGGAGCUCUUCAUAUUUAACGGCAACCCGACAAACUACCAGCUCUCCUUCUCUGCGGAUGGAGUGACGCGGAGUAAGCCGGAGGACAACCCCGAAUAUGAAAAUGAGGGGCCCGACAAGGAGAUCAUGCCAUACUGUGACAAGGUGUACAAGUGCUUCAAGGAUCACGGCAACGGUCUGCUCUUCCGUCUCGUGGACGAGAGGAACAAUAAGUGGGCCUUCUACAAUGACACGAAGGACGUGACGUUUACUGUGAGGGUCAGCUUCGAGGAGGACGCGUCGGUGGAGCUCCUGGGGAAGACGCAGCUCGCAGACGAUGCCGACCUUGGCACCGUCUACCUGCUGGAAGUACCACCUCUUGCAACGGAGCUAUUCGUCGGAGGCGAGCUGUCGAGUUUCACUUCGAAGUUCUCCGGCCGGGGCCACCACAGCAAGUGA